AUGCUGAGGUUCUUCAAGUGAAUAUUACUUUUCUCAAUUCUCUUCUAAAAUAUAUAGAAUUUCGCAAAAAUUAAUUAUUUUUAAUUUUAAAUUGUACUUUCUAAUACCUAUUAUUUUUUAGUCUAAUUAAGAUCUUUUAUUUCAAUUAAAAUUAUAGGAUAAUUUAUUUAAAUUAUGAGUUGGGAAUUAGUAAAAUCCAAUUAGAUUUUGGCUAUUAUUAGUAUGAAUAUAAUAAUUUUGACAUACAUUAAUCAGCAAAUAACCCAUUCAAAUGACCUCACCACUGUUAAAGAUAUUGCAGGAAUUAUGCAAGAAAUUUCUGUAGAAGCUUAUCUGUCAUAUACAAUAGACUUAUGCCACAUUCAUUCUACUUUGAACUGCUCUUACUAUAAAGACCAACUUAGUGCCAGCUUAGAAAGGCUGCGAGCACUGCAACUUACCAUUAUAGACGACUAUAGCAAAUGAAGCUAUUGUGCCCAUUCAACAAUAGUGACAGAAGAAAUUGUUCCAGUAUACAACCCUGACCAAUCAGACUAUGUGACAUUUUUAAAUCUCUAUGGUUUUGUAUCAGAAAUCCUUAAGCAUGUAUUUUUAAUAUAGGGAUAUUCGUUUCUUAAUGAAGCUGAUUAUAGUAUACAUUUUUUUAAUCAUAUAGAUAUUUCAAUCUACAUUUAAAAUCAAAAUAAUUAGAAAAUAUGAGGCACUGUGCCUUAUAUUGAUAUUUAUUCAAAUUUUUUAGUAUAAAAAUCAAUCUUAUGAUGAGUUAUUUUUGAUAAAUAAUGGACUAGGAGGCGCAUCCAUAAUGUUAAAUUCUUCGUUUCAAGGACUCUUAAACUGUGAAACUGAGAGACUAAAUCAAAAUGAAAACAUCACUAUGAUUUUUGUAUAUGCAAGCCAAAUAUUUGUAUGGAUAUUAAGCUUAAUCUUUGUGAUAUUUUCUUUCAAAUUUAAUAAACUGCAUGAUAAGCUUUGAAAUUAUAUACAAAAGCAAGCAAAUUCUACAUAUUUCGAGCUGCACCAGGCAUGCACAAAUAGAUUGUCUUCAUUUCAUAAUUAUUCAUCUGACCAAGAAGAGCUUGAAAUCAAAAAAAGAAAAAAUCCUAAACCGUUUAUAUUGAAAACCAAAUUAUACAUUAAAUUCACAUGUAUUUGUUCGGUUAUCGUAAUAGUAACAUCAGUAUAUUAUUUUUCCAUUGAAUUUAUAUUUUAUCCUUCAUGCAGAGAAAAUUUACUUAAAAGAUAUUUAUUAUUUGAGGCAUUUUUAUAUAGAGUCCCUGUAAUUUCUGAAAUUAUUUUUUGGACUAUUAACCUAGCAUAUCACGGUGGAGAAUCUGUGCAAAAAAUAAAUGGCUUAGAAUACCCAUUCCAGGCUUCUGGAAUUAUGCUAGAAUCAGCCAUAUACAGAUUUAACCUGCUAAGCAGCAUUAUUGUGAACCCUUCUAAUUAUGGUAUGUAUUCAGACGAUAUAAAAUUCAAAUUCUUUGAAGGAAAUACAAACCCAGACCCAGUAUAUGCCCAAGGUACUUUUAUGGCAGCAGGUGUGCUACUUAUGGACGCAAAUUAUAUUUCUUAUACUAAUUCUAAUGAUAUAAGCACUCUUUUACCAAAGUUUAUCCAAAGAUGGAUAACGUUUCAAGCAAUGGUCUUAUCAAGGAUAUCUAUAAUUGGGAUUCAGGUCUAAUAAUCGUGUACUUUGAUAGAGAAUUCAUUUAGUCAUAAAUUGGUCCAAAAAAUAUUUAAUAGUGACCUAAAACCUGUUAAAUUUCGACAAAAUGUAAAAAUUUGUGAUAAUGUACUUCGAUGAAAUGCAAAUUUGGCAUGGAAUUCUAUAAUUGAUAAUGAUUCCAAAAUUUAUGUACAAAAUCAAUUAAACACGGUAUUUUUGGCGACUUUUUUAUUUUCUGGGACUUGCUUUGGGCUAUAUUUUUUCUUGUAUUUGCCUUUUAUUAGGAUAGAAAAACGAAAAUUGAGAAAAUUAAAAGAAAUUUCUGCUAUGAUUCCUCAAGCUUUUGAUAUGAAAUUUAAAAGAAAUAAUUAA